CUCUCCGCACCACCCUCCCACCUACUUCCCCUCCCUACCUACCUCCCCACCCACCCACGUGUUCUCCGUGGGGCGGAGCAAAUCGGAGCAUAUCGGUAGCCACCAUUACCUGCCGAGGGACUCUUCCUCGCACUCCAGCACCCGCUCACCACCACCACCACCACCAUACACAAUCCCAUACCAUACGUACAUAUAGAUGCCUGAUCCGUUGUCAAGAGAAUGCUCAGGAUCGGGCUCAGGAUCACCCAGGACUGGCGGGAAUGGGUCGGCUGGAUCAGGCGGGCGUGCCGCACCUCGCUCUCCGGUGCCUGAUGCCGGCGUGGCAGAUGCCGACGGUCGUGGGGUGGGUCAAGUUGAUGCUGAAGAUGGAGAUCUGUCGGUAGACGAGUAUCCACUCCAUGUUCAUGCCUACCACAACAAUGUUAGAGCUCUUACUGAUGGGCUGGUGGCGGCCUUGGCAGACGCCGCCGGCAGCGCAGGCAUUGACGACGGCAUGCUCGAUGACGCUCGAGCCGGGCUUGCCGAACUGGCUGGGCCGCAAGAGCCAGUGCGAGCCACCCUGGCUGCGCGUGCUCUCCUACGCAAAGAUGCUCGGGGGAGGACGCCGCUGAUGUGGGCAGCAAUCGGCAAUGCGCCGGAUGCCAUGGCUGUUCUCCUUCGUUCCGUCCCAGUCUACCCCGUGCCGGUUCCGGGCGGCUCACCAGAGUAUGCGCCGGGCCUGUGGUCAUCGUCGUCGGGCGGUAUCGGCGAUGUUUGGACUGCCGCCGAUGAUAACGGAUACACUACGCUUCAUUGGGCGGCGAUCCGCGGCGUCGACGACGUUCUCCCGCUGCUCGUCCCGUCACCCGAGCCGGCCGAACCUCAGCCUGCGGUAUUUGCCGGCCCGCGGCUGGACGUUCUGCUCGAGGACUCGGUUGCAUUUGGCCACGUUGAAGAUCGUGGCACCUUUGCCCACUUUCUGGCCCGCGAGGACCUCGCUCCUGCGCUGGCACACGUUCUCGGCGUGGCGGCUGCCCGCCCGCCACCGGACCACCUCCUCACCAACAUCCUUGCCACGCGCGACGUUGUAGGGCGAACACCGCUCGGUACUGCCGCGGCCUACGGCGCCACGGCCGCAAUCGAGGUCAUACUCGACCAUGCUGGUGCACUGGAGCUGGACGAGCCCGAUGCUGUCGGCCGCACGCCGCUGAUGUGGGCUGGAGCGGGCGGCCAUGUCGCCGCGUUCACAGCGCUUGUUCGCGCUGGCGCCUUGCUCUCACACCCAGAUGCCCAAGGCAACACACCGUUGCACUACAUAGCAAUGCAGGGCGCUGUGGCCUGUAUCAACGCCGUGUCCGCCGCACUCGCACCCGAGGCCGAUGCUCGUCACGGCACCUCUUUGCCUCCGCAUAUUGUCAACGUGACGGAUAGCAAGGACCGGACGCCACUGUUUUGGGCGGUCAACGGCAAGCAACUUGGCGCGGUGACAGCGCUUCUCGAUGCCGGCGCAGAUGUGUCGGCAGUCGACUCGCGUGGGCGGACAGCACUCCACUGGGCGGCCUAUGCACAGUACGGUGCAGUGACCAAGGCGCUCUUGACGGCCGGCGCGGAUCCUGGCGUCUCUGACGCGCUUGGGCGGACGCCGCUUUUCCACGCCGCCCAUGUCGGCGACGCUGUCUUUCUGCGUACCUGCAUCCGGUUUGUCGCCGUGCCGACAAAGAUCGCCUUGGUUGCUGACGGUUCGGGCCGCCAGGCGCUGCACAUGGCGGCCGCUGCUGGGCACGUCAACGCGCUGCGGAUCCUGCAUCGCCUCGGGGCGGUUCCACUCGACGCGCCCGACGUGCAUGGAGUGACUCCGUUGCACCUUGCGGCAUACACCGGAACCAUCGCCGCGCUGCGGUAUCUGGUCCAGGCCGGGGCACUGGUCGAUGUCCGCGAUGCGAGCGGGCGGACGCCGCUACACUGGGCGGCUGCCUCCGGCUCGAUACCCGCGGUCUACGUCUUACUCAGCCUUGGUGCACCGCGUGACGCACCCGAUACCUCGGGCGCGCUACCAUGCCACUACGCGUCCGCGAUAUCUGCUGACGACGUCUCUGCUGCGCUCGAGGUACCCGGCUGGCCAAUGCCGGCACACUUGCCGGUUCUUCCAGCCCAGCUCGUCGUCGAGCUCCGCCGCGAUCCGGCGGUUCCGCGCGAGAGAGUAGACCCGCCACCAGCCGCAAUGGCGCGGCCUGAUGUUGCGACAUCACCGAUUGCAAGCGCGUCGCCCAGCGGUGGGCGUAAGUUGGUGUCGCGGACCUCCCUGCCGCUGCUCUCCGUGCCGUCGCCACCCGGGGCGCCAGCUGCGGGACGAGCCCACGGCAUCCGUUCGCAUAUGCCGCGCAACUUUUCGUUUGCAACCUCGCUGUCAUCGACGUCACCAGAUACAGCGUCGGCGGUCUCCUCGCCGGAACACGCCCUCCCACCGGCUCGUUAUCGCGGCUCGCAGAUUGUCACCAAAGUUGCGGGACCGCCGGGCUGGCCGAUCCAUCGCGUCUCGGUCGGCGUCCAUGCCGCACCGACAACUCGAUCGGUCGGCAUCCAGCACGACGGUGACUUGCUUGCUCACCCGCCACCCAUCCGGCGCAUCUGUUCUACAACUACUCGCCCCGUUGGUCCGUCGCCACCACGCAAGCAGCGGCGUCGGCGUUCGACUUCGCCGCGGAAGCGCAUCCACAUUGCAGUUUAUGACCCGCGGCUCGAGGCCCAUCGCUCGGAUGCAGUGCCCGCAUCGUCUCAUUUGCCGGCCCAGCCCUCAGCUCCUACUCGCCAUCCAUGGCCACAGGUGUCGAGCCACAAAGCCCGUCGAUCGCUCCGCUCCCGCGCCCCCUCACACUCGCGGUACAAGCGUCCGUCCCCGCGAUCCGACGCGGUCCUCGGUCUGCCGUCCAACCCGUCCCGAACCCGACCGGCGUCGACCACCGUCUCCUUCGCCGACCAGCCACGCCAUCGCACCCACCGUCGGAGACGCAGCGAUCAUCUCUGGCGCUAGCAACGCCAUCCGGUGCUGACACGUACC